AUGCCCCGCGAGCUGAAGAAGAGAGGCCGUAGAGGCGAGGAGAAGAAGAGAAAGCUGGAAGAGGAGGAAGAAGUUCACCAGGAAUUUGCACAACCGAAACGACAGAGGACCGAGGAUGGUGGCGAUGAAGCCGCCGAACAGCAAGACUUUGUCGAACUCCCACAGGACAGCGCAUACACCAAUGGCGAUUACCAGAACGGCGAGGGCCAGGGCCCGCCUGUUGAACAGGUCUUCUUCGGUAUGCUGGACGAGGAAGAGCAGGAGUACUUCAAGCGCGCCGAUGAGAUGCUCGAGAUGAACAACUUCGCCGACGCAGAAGAGAGGUCGCUGUUCUUGGCCAACGUCUAUCGCGAAGCCAAUGGCAAGGAGCUCAAGAUUGCCAACAGUCAAUCAUGUUCAAGACUGAUGGAGAGACUGAUCCAACUGUCGACACCGGCCCAACUCAAGACGCUGUUCCAGAAGUUCAGCGGCAACUUCAUGCACUUGUUCCAACAUCGCUUUGCCUCGCAUUGUUGCGAAAAGCUCUUCAUCCAAGCCGCACCCGCCGUCACCGAAGAGCUCCUCCAUCCGCCCAAGGUUGAAGACCAGACGACCGCAGAUGGCGAUGUAUAUGUCAGCAUGGAGAACCUUUUCCUGUUCACGCUCGGAGAGAUGGAGGGCAAUGUUGGUUUCCUCAUGACCGACCGCUUCGCCUCGCACACACUGCGCGUCCUGCUCCUUGUAUUGGCCGGCGAACCUCUCGCAGACUCGACCAACAAGUCUUUGAUGCAAAGCAAGAAGAAGGAACAUGUCACCGUCAAUGGUAACACCAACGACAAGGAGGAUGCCACAACCAAGGACAAGGAAGACCGCCGUCCUGUCCCCAAGUCCUUCAUCGAGGCCCUCGAGAAGCUCAUGACUGCCAGUGUUUCUGGACUCGACACAACCAGCCUUCGCGCACUUGCCACACAUCAACUCGGCAAUCCUGCCUUGCAACUGCUGAUCAGACUCGAGCUCACCCACUUUGGAAAGUCAAAAGCAAAGGACGAGAACUCCAUUUUCCACACCCUCCUUCCCGACGACCCAAUCACUCCCGAAUGUGACAGCGCUUCAUUCAUCAAUGGCCUCCUCUUCGACCCCAUCGGUUCUCAUCUCAUCGAGUGCAUUGUCGAACAUGCACCUGGAAAGAUGUUUAAGAGUCUGUACAGAGGUCUGCUGAAGGACCGUAUGGCAUCGCUGGCUCGCAACGAGAUCGCUUGCUACGUUGCCUGCAAGGUCCUCGAGAGAUUGAGCAAAGAUGAUCUUAUGGAAGCACAUGAGCAGAUCUGCCCUCAGAUCCCCAGUCUGCUCGAGCGCAACCGCUUCGCAGUCAUCAAGACUUUGAUCGCCAGAUGUGCUGUCAGAGAAAUUGACAGCCUAGCCAUCGCCGUUCAACUCAGCGAAGCAUACAACGGCCCCGAAGGCUUCGACAUUGUGAAACUGCUCAAGCCCGGCGUCGAUGAAUCAGCUACCAACGGCAACCCAGCACCCGAAGGCAUGCCCGCACACAUUGCCGAGGAGCGCGCAAACCCACACACCAUCAAGCUGCAAGGUUCCCUGCUCGCUCAAUGCAUGAUCCUAGUCCCUGGAGCCUUAUCCGCCCUCAUCCUUGAAAGUCUCGCAUCUCUCGCCCCCACCACACUCCAGAAGAUGGCAUCCGACACCAUCAUCUGCCGCACCCUCCAAGCCGCAAUGACUUCCCACAACGCCUCCAUCAUCUCCCGCCGAAAACUGAUCCAGCAAUUCUUCGGCCACAUUGGUGAAAUGGCACUCGACAGCAAGGCCUCGCGCGUGGUCGACGCCAUCUGGGAAGGCACUCACGGCCUGGCCUUCAUUCGCGAACGCAUCGCCGAAGAACUCAACGAAAACGAAGCCGCCCUCCGCGACAAUCCCUGCGGCCGCGCCGUAUGGAAAAACUGGAAAAUGGACCUCUACAAACGACGCCGCGGCGAAUGGGUCAAGCAAUCCAAGAACAAGGCUUCCAACGAUGGAUUCCAAUCCUUUUCCGAAAUCGACACGAAUCUCAAGGCUGCGAAUGCAAAAGACACACAUGCAAACAAGAAGACUUGGCAUGCCAAUCAACAAGCAUCUGCUGCUGCGCCUCAAGCACAGGGAGCAGAAAAGAAGUCGGCUAUUCAGUUGGCUAGAGAGAGGCAUGCGGCCAACAAGGCCAGAUCGCAGCAAGCGAGGGAAAAGCAUGUGGCUGGAGGCAGCAGACCGAGUGGAAGCUCAAACUCGAGUAAGCAUGCUUCUGGCGCCAAUGCGAUCAGCCCUAUCACCAAGGCAUAG